UUGACAUGGCAAAUGGACUGGUUUCUUUUAGGAAGCAAAUUGAUUCAGAUUGGGAGUUUGGUCAGCUUCUGCAUUCUGAUAACUGCUGGAAGGAUGUUGUUGCAGAAGGAUCAGAAAAAACUGCUUACUGCAAGGUUGAGGAGGGCUGUUUACAGGGAUAUUCUGCCCUUGUUAAUGACUUGUUUCUGCACAGGUAG